AGAUGCGAGCCACUGUGUCGAGCUCCAGUCCGGGGCUGCACUUUCCCGCACAACUUUUAUCACCAACUGGCAGUCGGGAGAAGAGCGAAUGUUUGAAGAGCAGCGCUUGUAUAAACAAAUCGCCGGAGCUCAGUUAAGGGCAGAAGGUAAACAGAAACAGUAAAGGAUGGUGGUUUGAAGCUGGGAAGAGACAUGGUUUAAGUUGCAGUGAAACUAACGACAGCAGCGAGGCACCGCCAAGCGUCACACAUGUCAGUGAGGCUGGACUCUCACAUGGAAAGAUAUGCAGUUGCAUGCACUUUGCAAAGCGACGAGCCGCACGUCCUGGGGACUGCGAGUGUAAAUGUUUAUUUCAUCGGCUGGAGAAGUUAAUCUGUUUUAUGUGGAGGGACAAGACGUCAAGCAUCGAAUAGGAAAACGGCGCGAACGCAGCAACUUCCUCCUUUAUUUAGUGUCUGUGUGCAAAAGGUUGUUUUUUUGCUUUUCGGUCUGUGGUCUUUCAGCAGCGCAGAUGCAUUUUGCUAACAUUGGAUUGAUGCGCCCUAGUUUAUGAAGAUACUGUAUAUCUGGAACUUGAAGACCCUCAAUUCCAAUUAAUGGUUCUGCUCGAUUCCACUCCCAGCAGCCGAACGGAAGGAAAAUCCAGGGAAGGGACGAAGAUUGCUUUAUCUGUCUGAGACUAGUCUGGGCAUUUUGCAAUGCUGCUGUGGGCUCCCGCAAUUUGCAUUGUGUCGCUGGCUGUGCUCGGUCUGUUUGCGAGAUUGUAUUUCGGUCAAUAUUUCAAAGGCCGAUUGGACCCGAACAGUCGAUGCCACCGGGACGAUGAGGUCAACGAUGCCCCGAAGAUGAUCUGCAAACCUUCGGCCCUGGCCAAAUACCUGCUCAAAACCUGCCUGACUGUCAGCGCGGGACCCCAGACCCGGUGGAUCUGGAGGAAGUUUCCUCACCUGCAAACGGUCUGGAAUGCAAUCUGGCCCACAGGCUCGGCGAUGCAGUUUACCCGGGAUUACCUGCAGUUGUCGGACGAGGGUCUGGUGGCACUAGACUGGGCAGUGACAGCCAAAGGAGGCAGGAGAAGAGCCUCCAGCAACUCGCCAGCACCCAUUGUCCUCGUCAUCCCCAACUCCUUCGGGAAGAUCACCAGGAAUAUUAUCCAGCUUUGUGCCUCAGCCCUGGAAUGUGGUCAUCGCCCAGUGAUAUUUAACAGAAGAUGCCAGAAUGGAUGUCUUUUAACUACACUGAAGCUGCAGCAAUUUGGUGAUCCAUCUGAUCUGAGAGAAGCAGUCAGAUACAUUCGAUACAAACAUCCAAACGCCAGGCUGUUCACUGUAAGUGAGAGCACGGGGGCUGGGCUGUUGCUCUCCUAUCUCGGCGAGUGUGGAUCAUCCAGUUACGUGACCUGCGCUGCCUGCAUCUCACCCAUCUUCAGAUGCCAGGAAUGGUUUGAGACAGGACCUCCCUGGCUUUAUCAUUGGCUUUUGCUCCUUUAUCAAAAAACUUGGCUGAGCAGGUACACCACUGUGCUAGGAGAGAUUGUUGACAUGGAUAAGUUGUUUGCCACUCAGACCUUGAAGGAAUUUGAGGAGGUGCUCUUCUGUCAAACAAAGAAGAGCAGCUUGUGCUGGGACACGUACUGGGAGAAGAAUGACCCUUUACGAGAUGUAGAUGAGGUCGCAGUGCCAGUGCUGUGUAUUUGCAGCGAGGAUGACCCCUGCCGAGGGGAGCCAGACACAACCGUGCCAUUCGAACUCUUUGAAACUAACCCACAUUUUUUCCUACUGCUGACGAAACAUGGUGGCCACUGUGGCUUCUUGAAGAGCAGGUCCUCUGUGUGGAGCCAUGAGGUAUUACUGGAAUAUUUUAAAUCUGUCAGUGAAUUCUUUGCGACAGAGGAAAGAACAAAAAGCUUUUCAAAAAGAAAAUAUGCAGUGGCUGUAAACUCCAUGCCUUAUAAAUGUGGCAGAGGCAACAGCUUCAAAGGCAACUCAUUUUGCUCCCACAAUAUUCAUGAAAUUUUCAGCUGGCAGAGGUCCUACACCAGAUGAUUAACAAUUGGGACUUGUGAGAAAAUUAUCGUUCUUGUUAAUUAAUACAGCUUGUUUUUGUCUGGACUAUAAAAUAACAUUCCAUCAACAUGGACAUGAGAGCAGCAAUUUUAACUGUCCUUGAGGUUUAAACUUUUUACCUGGCAACAUAAAUUUCAAAGGUUCAAAAAAGUUCAGAGUUUGAAAGGUUAGUUUUAUUGUCAAAGUAUGCAUGUACAAUACAACUUUGAUAUUUGUCUUCUCCAGAUAGCUGUGAAAUACACAUGAAAAGACAAAGAAACAAAACUUGUUGGCCUCAGAUACCCCCACUCUCUCCCCACAGAGAAAAAAAACAGCAACUAUAACAAUUCCCAACCCCCUCACCUGCAGAACGAAAAUAUCAACAAUACAAUCCCUGACCCCUCAAUCACAGAAAAAUAUGACGGCGACAAAAACAACACAUCCCUAACCCCUCCCCUGCAGAAAAUAAAACAUCAACGAUAGGAAUCCCUGACCCCGUCACUCGCAAAUAAGAACUGCAACAGUAGCACAAAAAAACCUUCACCCCACUCACACAAAAAGAACUAACAGAUCACCCACCCGCCAAUCCAAGAAAAUGACAAAAAACUGAAGGAGACCAAUAUAAAUUACAACAACUUCCAGGCAGCUUGGUAAAGAAGAACUUACCUGUUCUUUUUGAUUAUUUGAUGGAAAUGCUGUACAGCAUUUCAAUACUUUAAGCUACAAUGUAAUUUAUAUAACUAGGCUAGGAUGAUUGUAAGUUAUAGAACUUGUCAAUGUCUUUGUGAGUCUAUUCCAUAGUUUAAGAUUUCUUCUAGGAAUGGGAUACAGUUUGCUAUAGCAACAGCUCCUUGUAAAUAGCUUUGACUUUUAUACUCCAUCCUAGGAUGGAAACUGUAGUUGGCAAUUAGCCUAUUAACCUUCAAUGAAACAUCAAACAAGACUGCCAAGAUCCAAAGGACAAGUUAGCCUUAGUUUUUAUAUUACCUGCAAUCUAUUUAUUGAAUUAAAAGUAUCUAUGGGUUACUGAUUAUUUGUGGCUUAUUAUGGUUGAGAAAAUAUGUAUGUUUUCAAUGAUCUUAUUUUGAGAUUUAACAAAUUUAACUAUAAGUUCAAGGCAAUGAUAUUGUUCUUAUAAAAUAAAGGUGUUACUUAUAUGAAAAAAUAUGUUUGCUUGUUAGAAACAACACAGAAAUUUGUACAUUUUAUCUGUUUUGUAAAAAAAAUGUAGCUAUCUUGUUUCAUACAUCUUGUAGUUUUCUGACUAUAUUUGUUGUAUCUGUGUAAUGUGCUUAAACAUUAAUUUAUUUCUAGGCAUGAAAUGCCCCUUUUUGAGGCAAAGUCUACAUAGAAAGAAGUUUCCUUUACCAUUUAAUUUUCAUCCUUGAAAUAAAAUUAUCAGUAC